AUGCCUCACCAUCAUACCAACCUGGUGAUGGGGCACGUUCGACGGGAUGUGGUACCCUCCCAUCGACUGCCACUUUUGGUCCCGACCACAACUCACCUGGGGGGCUUGCCCUCUCUGGUGGUGCGAGCCGAUUCAUCAACCUCGACAUCAACCUCAACAUCGUCCGAAAAACCUACCAGCAACUUGGAUACGACUGUUUUGCCCGUAGUGCUCGGUGCAGGUGUUCCUAUUAUUUGUGCUAUCAUAGUCUUUAUCAUCCUUCACAGGAGACACGUGAAAAAGUUGAUACAUGAGGAUGCGAAUGAUAAGCACAAAUCUCUAGAUUUCGGCCUAGAUGAUGUGAACCCUCACCGGCAGAAAAAAGCCCCCAAUGGAAUGCCCCAGAUGAUGGAACCUAGCCAUGCUAAGGGGCUCUCUCUCGAUGUUUAUCCUUAUCUGAUGCCCCCGGGUCUUCACAGCUCUCGAGAUUCCAUACAUUCCAUCUCUCGAUCGAUUGACGAUGACAAGUACCGCCCCGCCACAUUUAUCACAAAUGACAACGCCUCCGUCAGGUCAUUCCCGAGAAAUCGGGAUGAUGCUUCUAGUGUGGCAGGGUCAACUCGGUUUGGUAACGCAGAGGAGCCUAACGCGGGCCUUCUCCGGAACGCUCAACGGAUGUCUCGCUCGUCACCACCUCUGCACCGUGGCCCUUCAAAUGAGCCAACGUCGCCCCCUUCUGCGCAUCUACACCAGGACUAUCUUGGACCGACUCCGGGUAUGACGCCUUAUCCCGUGGAGCAUAAUGAGCCAGCACACGGAGUGGCUCUUGGCAGCCCUGCUGGUGAUUCCAAUAUCCAUGAGAGAACGGCCUCGCCUCCAGCCCCAGAACCCCAAUUUAAUUUACCGGCGCCUCAAUUCAACUUCAACUCGGCAUCAGAGCUUCAUUUCGACACCCCUGCUAAUGCGCACGGCAACGAUUCGAACAAUUUCUAUGAGGACCGCCCCAAUUUCCCGCUGUCAGAACCGAUGCAAUCUCACCAGGCUGAACCUGCUCAGGCGCCCAGCAUGCAGCUUCCUCGUAUCUCCCUGCCAGUCAGCGAUAUCACCAGUAGUGACUAUGGUGAUGACCAUCGCAAGUCAGAACUGGUGAUCCCCGAGGUGAAUAUUCAUGGUGCUGAGGAGGCGGAACAUCAGCAGGAAUCCAAGAAAAUGCCAGAGCUUCCAGAUGAACCCCAAACCCUGGAUCCUGUCUAUGACACUCGUCGUGAUACCCGCCGGUUGACUCUCGGUGUCCGACCAUUGCCCCCAGAGGACCCAGCCGACAACCCGGAGCAGCGUGCCAACCGGAUUCGCUCCUUCUAUAAGGAGUACUUCGACGAUAGCAAGCGGGAGACCACUUACUACGAAGACUACGGUCCCGAAUUCUACGAGGGUGGCGGCUAUGUCUAUGACCCAACAAAUGGGGAUUACUACGAUGCAGACCCCCCUGCUCCGUUUGCUGAGCCAAUAGGCCGCCGGGCCAUGACUCCUCCACCUCGAAUGCCGCCCCGAUUCCAAGGAGCUGCCCGUCAUAUGGCGACUAACUCCGCCGGUGGCAUUGGUGGCCCCGGGCCUCGUGCCUUCUCCUCUGCUUCUGGGCGAGGACCUGGUCCUAAGGCCCCCCGUCGACCAAUGCCUCCACCGGCACCGCUUCAAGUUCUGCCCACACCGCACAUGUUGAAUGACGAUUCCAUUCUGACUGCAGCGGCUUUUGCCCCGGGCCACAACUUCCGCGAUCAACAAGCAGGUCGUCCCGAGACGCCUACUGGAGGCAUGCAACCUUACAGCCCUGCGCUCCGCGCUCACACUCCCCUGAUGUCGUCAUUCGAUGAUCUUGCUGUGAUCCCCAGCCCUCAUGCCCUGCGCAAGUCCGGCACAUUCACGAGUCUGGACUUUGCCCCGCCUCCCCGGUUCAAGAACCAGGACGGUGGUGGCAGUGACGCCGGUAGCAUUCGCAGCAAUCGGACCGGCAUCUCUAACACCCACCAGAACAACAUUCGCAUGGGUAACUAUCGGGUCAGCCGUCUGCCGGCCGGAGUGGUUGGCACCCGGGAUGACAUGAUGACCAGCUUGCGCCCGACUAUGGACCUGACGCGAUAA